AAGGUUUUCGUUCUCCCCGUCAUCUUCCAUGACCAUGAGCUCUGAGUCUGGAAGCGCCAUGGAACGUUGCUUGACGAAUUGCGGCCCGGGGAGAUCCCUCUUUAGAGCUGUCAACCCUCUAAGCUUUAAGCCACCCGUCUCCUCCCUCCGCCGUCCUCCUUCCAUGCUCCUCCACUCAAAAGCAGGGAAAGCUGCUGUUAAAAAAGCUUACGACGGUCUGCUGGUGGACGCCGGAGGGACUCUGUUGCAGCUGCAGAGACCUGUGGAAGAGACCUACGCUUCAAUAGGAAGCAAGUAUGGUCUAACCGUGACUGCACCCGAGAUAAAACAAGGAUUUAAGAGAGCUUUUUCAGCUCCAUGGCCCGAGAAACUCCGAUACCAGGGAGAUGGGAGGCCAUUUUGGAAGCUUGUUGUAUCUGAAGCCACUGGUUGUGAGGAUGGAGACUAUUUUGAGGAGGUCUAUCAGUACUAUGCAAAUGGAGAUGCAUGGUGUCUUCCCAAUGGGACCUACGAAACCCUUGGCCUUCUUAAAGAUGCCGGAGUUAAGUUGGCUGUUGUGUCCAACUUCGACAACCGAUUGAGGAAGCUAUUGAAGGACUUAAAUGUUGCAGAUCUGUUCGAUGCUAUCGUCAUCUCCUCAGAGGUUGGAUAUGAAAAGCCAGAUCCUGAAAUAUUUAAAGCUGCAUCAGAUCAAAUUGGGGUGGAAGCUGGCAGAAUAGUCCAUAUUGGAGAUGAUCAAAAGGCUGAUAAGGAUGGUGCUGCUGCCAUCGGAAUUGAUUGCUGGCUGUGGGGAAUAGAUGUGAAGACAUUCUCGGAUAUAAAGAGCCGGAUGCUCAUUCUCGAGUAAUUCACGGAAUUUUGUCCCACACAAUGUCAUUCCUUGCUCUGUCCGUCGUGCAUUUUGUAUUCGAAUCACAGGGAUGGAUCUCCUGACCUGUCUGACAGCAUCGAGGAAAACUUACUGCUCAAAAUCGUGGAAGAUUGAACAUUGUCAGCCAGUGCUGGCUCAUAUGCAAUGUCGUUUUGAUUCAUUAAACACAGUUAUAUAAAAGGCAGAAAGUUCUGAUUUCUCUCUUUAUAUUGCCUUUUACAUCAGUAAUGUAAUUCAGCAUGACUGGUUAUAUCAGACCGAUGAUGAUGAUGAUGAA